UCAAUUACGAAGGCCGAUUUCCUCAUGCGGUGACCCACACAGGGGCUUCUCAAAGAUGAGCCCCUUUUCUUCAUUUCCUUGGGGAAUGAAACCCAUGAUCUUCAGUUCCUCAGAGAAGUGAAAGUAGCAACAGGAAUCCAGUAAUUCCUGUUAUCUGCAGGCUUUAUAAGCCAGCGAGCCUGAGGAGGUGGCCUGCACCCCGCGCCAGACGCCGCUGUCCUCGCGAAGCCAGAGCCGCACCAGGAUGCCUCGGCUGCUGGCCUUCCAGCUGCUUCUCCUCCUUUCCAUCAGCAGCGCCCUGGCCCUGAGGCUCUGCUCCUUUAAUGUGAGGUCCUUUGGGGAAGCCAAGAAGGAAAACAAGAAUGCCAUGGAUGUCAUCACAAAGGUCAUCAAACGCUGUGAUAUCAUACUCCUCAUGGAAAUCAAGGACAGCAACAACAUGAUCUGUCCCACACUGAUGGAGAGACUAAAUGGAAAUUCAAGAAGAGGCAUAAUGUACAACUAUGUGAUUAGCUCUCGGCUUGGAAGAAACACAUAUAAAGAACAGUAUGCCUUUCUCUACAAGGAAAAGCUAGUGUCUGUGAAAAAAAGCUACCUCUACCAUGACUAUCAGGCUGGAGACGCAGAUGUGUUUUCCAGGGAACCCUUUGUUGUCUGGUUCCAGUCACCCUACACUGUCGUCAAGGAUUUCGUGAUUGUGCCCCUGCACACGACCCCUGAGACCUCUAUGAAAGAGAUUGACGAGCUGGCUGAUGUCUACUGGGACGUGAAACGCCGCUGGAAGACGGAGAAUUUCAUUUUCAUGGGUGACUUCAACGCUGGCUGUAGCUAUGUCCCCAAGAAGGCCUGGAAGAACAUCCGCUUGAGGACUGACCCCGAGUUCGUUUGGCUGAUAGGGGACCAAGAGGACACCACUGUCAAGAGGAGCACUAGCUGUGCAUAUGACAGGAUCGUGCUUAGAGGACAAGAGAUCAUCAGCUCCAUUGUCCCCAAAUCAAACAGCACCUUUAACUUCCAGAAAGCUUAUGAGUUGACCGAAGAGGAGGCCUUGGAUGUCAGUGACCACUUUCCAGUUGAAUUUAAACUACAGUCUUCAAGGGCCUUCACCAACAGAAAGAAAUCUAUCUCUCCAAAGAAGAAAAAGGCCCAUCGCUCCUAGAUCCAAGGGUGCCAUUAUAGUAACCAUUUCUUGCCUCUAAAUAAAACAGGUCUAAGAGAUAUGAGCUGCGCCUGCACUCAGGAAACAAGACUGGUCCAACGGCUUUCAUUCUCCACUUGAAUUUAAUCUGUCUUGAGUUGGGGCACCUGGGUGGCUCAGUCGGUUAAGUGUCUGCCUUUGGCUCAGGUCAUGAACCCAGGGUCCUGGGAUCGAGUCCCGCAUCGGGCUCCCUGCUCAGUGGGGAGCCGGCUUCUGCUGC